AUGAUUAUAAAACUGGCUUUUAACCAGCUGCAGAAAGACAGCCUGAUGUUCAGUGAAGAAGAAAUAACAGACGACAAAAACACUUUCACUGGAGUCUCUGUGUAUCCAAAGAUGUUCUCAUGCCUCUUUAAAGAGGAACAUCAGUGCAGGAAGGAUGGGAACAAAGUGUUCAGCUUUGUCCAUCGGAGUGUAGUGGAGUUUUUGGCUGCACUUUUUAUGGUCCUAGACUCUCACAUCAAAAACAUGGAGGCUAAAUCACAGGAUUGUGUGAGGAGAACUGGAAAUCCUUUUAGCCAAACACGUCUACCAGAGAUCUACAUCAACAUUGUUGACAAAGCUGUACAGAGUCUGGAUGGACACUUUGACUUGUUCCUCCACUUCCUUCUGGGCCUUUCACUGCAGACCAACAAACCUCCAUUACAAGACCUGCUGACACAGACAGGAAGUAACUCACGGACCAUUAAGCUAACAGUAGACUAUGUGAGGAAGAAGGUCAGAGAAAAUCCAUCUCCUGAGAGAAGAAUCAGCUUGUUCCUGUGUCUGAAUGAGCUGAAAGAUGGUUCUCUAGUGGAGGAGAUCCAGCAGUUCCUGAAAUCAGGAACAGUCUUAGAUGAUCUUUCUCCUGCUCAGUGGUCAGCCCUGGCCUUCAUCAUACUGUCAUCACAAAAAGAUCUGAAUGUGUUUGACUUGAAGAAAUACUCUGCUUCAGAAAAGGCUUUUCUAGGGCUGCUACCAGUGGUUGAAGCCUCCAACAAAGCUCUGCUGAAUGGCUGUAAUCUCUCAGAGAGAAGCUUUGAAGCUCUGUGUUCACUUCUUGGCUCAAAGUCCUCCAGUGUGACAGAGCUGGACCUGAGUAACAACAAGCUGCCGGAUUCAGAAGUGAAGCUGAUUUCUUCUCUACUGAAUAAUCCACACUGUAAACUGCAAACUGUCAGACUGAGUGGCUGUAACCUGUCAGAGAAAAGCUGUGGUUACCUGUCCUCAGUUCUCAGCUCCCCAUCCUGCCAUCUGACAGAGCUCGACCUGAGACACAACAAUCUGGGAGAGUCAGGAAAGAAGCUGUGUGAAAGCUCUACAAAGACCACUGUCAGGACAAGUAAUAUCUCACUGAAAGACAUCAUCUCCACAAGUGUGCUGAUCAGUUCAGGACCUCCUGCUGUCUACCAGCUCAGACCAAAGAAACAGAAGUUUGGAACUCUGACGAGAAUGACUGUUGGAGAAAAAAAUCCAGGGAAGACAAAUAAAACCAUCUUACUUGUGGGAGAAACAGGAGCAGGAAAAUCUACACUGAUCAACGCUCUGCUCAACUACACCAUGGGAGUGAAGUGGGAGGAUGGAGUCUGGUUUCAGAUCAUAGAGGAGGAGGACAGAAGUCAGACAGAAAGUCAGACAUCAGAUGUGAUCGUGUACGAGAUCUUUGGUUUUGAAGAUAAAACUCUGCCCUACUCUCUGACCAUCAUCGAUACUCCUGGUUAUGGAAAUACCAGAGGGAUCGAACAUGAUGACAUCAUCAGUGAAAGAUUAUUGGACUUGUUUGGAUCAGAUGAUGGAGUCCAUGAAGUUCAUGCAGCGGGUUUGGUCAUGAAGGCGAGUGAUAAUCGACUGAGUGACCGACUGAUGUACGUCUUUGAUUCAGUGAUGUCUCUGUUUGGAAAAAUCAUGGAGAAAAACACUGUAGCUCUGAUCACACACUCAGAUGGAAGCAGACCUGAAAAUGCUUUUAAAGCUCUUGAAGAUGCAAAAAUUAAAUGUGCCAAAAAUGAGAAGAAUCAGCCAGUUUACUUCCUAUUUAAUAACUCACAGUAUGAAGACCGAACAGAAGAAAAUAAGUUUUCAAAACAUUUAUGGGAACUCACACAGGAAAACAUGAAUCAAUUGACAGACUUCAUGGGAAAAUCUAAUCCUCAAAAACUAAUGAAAACAGGUGAAGUGUUAAAUGAACGAAUCAGACUGAAAGCCUGCAUCCAAAACCUAAAAGAGAGAAUGGAGUUUAUUGAAAUGAAACAGACAGAAGUUGCUGAGAUCAGAGAAGCUCUAAAGAUCCAAGAAGCAAAAAAGAUAGAAGCAGAAAAACAGAUUGAAAUGGCAAAAAAGAGACAAGAAACUCUGAAUAGAGAUGGAGAAGAAGCUCUAAAACUCCAAGAAAUUAUAAAAAAACUUGAGGAAGAGAUGAAGAAGGAUGAGAAGUUCACUGUAGAAGUUGAUGAGGCAUAUAAAGUUAAAGAAGAUAUUGAUGGUGGGAUGUGGGGUUUAGUUUUUUAUGAAGCAGCUGUCUGCUGUACAGUCUGUGAGGAGAACUGUCACUAUCCUGGAUGCACAAUGGCCUGGAAACCUGAACGCUGUGAGGUCAUGAAAGGAGGUCGCUGCACUGUUUGUACCAACAAGUGUCCUGCAUCAAAUCAUGUGAAAGAAAAGUGGAAAUAUGUGACCAAGACAAGGAGAGUAACAAAGACUGAUGAACAAAUGAAAAAGCAGUAUGAAAAGAAUGUGUCAGAACGUGAGAUUAAAGCCAGACAGUUAAAAACUCGUACAGGGGAAGUGAAUGAAACAAAGAAAACAGCAGCUGAUUCAUCACUGAACAAACAAGGAAUGCAGCAGAAAUAUGAAAAGUAUCAAAAAGAAAAAGAGAAGGAGUGUACCCUGUUAGAAAAUCUCGAAAAGGAAAUGAAACAGCUGACAGCAGAGAAGUCCCAGUUCCUGGAUGAGUCCUACCAACAUGUUGUCAGACUGGAGCAGAUCGCUCCUGAUUCAGCGUCCACUAUUGUCCACUUGGACUUCCUGAUUGAGAAGAUGAAGCAGAAAGGAGACACAGAAAAGGUCCAGAAACUGGAGGAGAUGAGAAGCAGAGUGGAUGAAAAAACCAAAAAAGCAGCACAUUGGUACAAGUUUACUCAAACAGCAUCACUGAUCAAAUAAAUUGGGAGAUCUUGGUAUAAAUGAAACAUGUAAAGAAGCAUCAGGAAGCUGUGUAGAUGGCUUUUCCACCUUGAUACUGCUCUAUGCUACAUAUUCAGAUGUACACCACGUGGGUUUUUGUUUUUGCUUACAGAUGGCAUAUUACUUUAAAAAAAAAGCCUAUUAGAAAUGAAUUACUUAUUGAUUAUUGAU